AUGGUGUCUUAUGCGGGCUAUCAUGCGGAAGAUAUCCCCAAAGGAGCCGUUCAGAGGGAAGACGUCGCUUUUUGGCGGCAUACCAAUGGCAUUACCUAUAACCCGAUCCUCGGGUUUGUCAAGAUAUCGUUCUUGAUAACGCUUCUGAAACUCCGUUGUAUGGACCGCCUCAUCAUCGCGAGUCUCUGGACUCUGAUCGUUGUGAACAUCCUUUUCAUCAUCAGUGCUGUCCUCGGAAGCCUCUUGAUAUGUUGGCCAAUCCAAAAAUCCUGGCAUUCGGAUACGCCUGGUCGCUGUGGUGAUCGUGCAGCUUACGUUUUUGGUACUAUCGCAGUGACCAUUGCUACUGAUGUCCUCGUUGCAAUCAUACCGGCGUGGGUUCUCCACGACCUGCGGAUGCCCUUGAGACACAAGAUGGCUGUGAUCAUUUUUCUCUCACUUCCACUUGCAGCCACUGGAAUUGGCUGCUAUCGUCUACAUAAGUUUGUCGAGGUAGUGAACCUACCAAAAAUCUACGGCGAGGACCCUUACAACGUACAGAGUGUACUGUCCAAUGUUGAAGCAAACCUUGGUGUCAUCGCUGCCUGUGGGCCUACAGUCAAAUGGAUCUUGAGCCGCUUCAUCCCCUACUUCGAUACGAGUCCGCCACCACGCGAAGACACACCAAAAGUGAUGUCGUGUUGGCAGAGACGCCCCAAGGCCCAUUUGAAGAGCGAUGGAGACAUUGAACUACAACUCAAUGAACUCAAUACCACGUAUCCACGCGACGCCAGCAAUAUGUGUUGGGACAAUGACGACGACAAAUCGGGUAGCGAGAAGCAAUGUGAAACGGUCGAUAGCAUCGGCAAGACUACUGGAGUUCAUUGGGACCACAUUGAAGCACCAAAGCCUUCUCUCCAGCUCAGUAUUCGAGAGAUUAAAUAG